AUGGUGUUGGCCCCAAAGGCUCUUCAGGCUCUUACGGAUGCCAUCAAACAUGCAGAGAAGACUGGUGCACCGGCGAGGCAGGCACUGGAGAUGUUUAACUCCAAGAACAAGCGUUACGGACAAGUAGGACAGCAUGCGCUCCCUACGUGCUUCGGGGAGCGCGGAAAGCACGACAAGUGCUGGCGUGCAUCGUUGUACAUCGACAUCGAAGACACCGAGCGAAUCUUUGCCGAGGGGGAUGCGACAGAGAAGAGGCAAGCUGCACUUCACGCAGCAAGAAACUUGCUUUGGAAACUGUGUGAGCGCUUCAACGUGGACUCGCGCGACCUGGCUGAGAGACCGUCCAGUGUCCAGCCAGCCGGUGAUCUGCCACCGCGUGUCGGCAAACUCGUACCUGUCAGCACAAUCGAGGGCAUGAAGUCUCCCACUGCGAUGUUGCAGGCUAUCUCGACUGAUCUUAGCAUGGCUGGCAUGGCUGGCAUGGCUCCUCCUAUCAGCGCCCCGCGAGUGUACCACUCUGACGCCGACUCAAAAUCUGCAACGGUUACAACGGCAAUUUGCUGCACGGAUGCAUUUCUUCCAGAUGGCAGCUUUGUUUCGAUCUUUGGUGCCGGAAGCGGCGAGUGCAGCGAGUGGCAGGCUUCGGCAGCUGUGGUUCGUGGCAUCUUCGAAAUUUACAACGUCGACGUGAAGUCGGCGGAGAAGCUGGAAACCUGGCUGAACACAGGCGGACCAGCCAAACCAGCAUACGUGCCACCAGUUCGCAUCAGCUUGGAGGGCGCCUGUCCAAUAGCGGAAUCGCCAAGAAUGCCCGUGAAGGGAAGGCCAUCGUUGGGAGCAAUGCUGGCUGCAUUCAAGGAUGAAGAAGAAAUGCCACGCAGUAAGGAUGACCCGGUGACAUGGGUCAAAUUCACGCCCGAUGAAUAUGAAUAUGUGUCUGUGUGA